CCUUCACUGCAGAUGAGCUCAGUCUUGCAGAACAAUCCUGCCCUGCAGAGAUGCUCAAGAGGAGGUUUAGCUAUCUCCGUGGAGUUCCAGUGCGAAGCUUCAGCUUAGUUCAGCCCUUACUCCUCAUCGGCUCCGAUCACCCACAUCUGAUCACUCCUGUGCGUCCGAUACUGAGAGGACCUCAAGGUAGUCCAGUAGCUGUGUGCACUCUGCUAGGAUGGGCCAUACAAGGACCGACCAACUUCCUGCAAGCCCCCUCCACAGAGACGUCAUGUCUCCAAGCAGCAUUCCAGUCUCCCAAUCAAGAUCUACAUCAGCAUGUUGAGAUGCUCUGGCAAGUCGACACCCUGCCGUUUCGUUCUGAGAAAGAAGCAACACGCUCCAAGCAAGAUCAGCUGGCUGUCAACACACUGGAACAGCGAACUGUCCGUGUCACUGUAGAUGGUAUAGCUCGCUACGCUACACCUCUACUUCGCAAGUCAACAGCCCCUAAGCUACAUGCACUUCCACUAGCAGUGAUGCCCUUGCUACGAGCCACAGAGCGACGCUUAUCCGGCAACCCUGAUCUGGCUAAGGUCUACAACGAAGAGAUCCACAGGUUGGAGAGAGCUGGAUACGUUGCCAAAAUCAGCAGCGAUGAAGCAAGCCAGUCAGAGGAGUCCUGGUACAUCCCGCACCACAUGGUUCACCACAACGGGAAAGCCAGAGUGGUGUUCAAUUGUUCGUUCAAGUACCAGCAGACUGCCCUCAACGACAUCUUACUUCCUGGACCUAACCUUGGAGCCUCGCUGCUCAGCGUGCUCCUCAGAUUCAGAGAGUACCCAGUAGCCAUCAGCGGAGACAUCCGUGGGAUGUUCCAUCAAAUCCGGUUACUUCCAGAAGACCAACCACUCCUUCGUUUCCUGUGGCGUGACAUGGAGAAGGAGCGUAGCCCAGACAUCUACGAAUGGCGUGUUCUACCUUUCGGGACUACCUGCAGUCCGUGCUGUGCUAUAUAUGCACUACAACAGCAUGUCAAGACCAACAGUGCCAGCAAUGAAGAGGUCCUGAACUCAGUCAACAACGCCUUCUAUGUGGAUAACUGCCUCCAGUCUGUCUGCACCCCACAACAGGCCAGACAGCUGAUAGACAAGAUGAGAGCCCUGCUUGCUGCUGGUGGAUUCGACAUGAGGCAGUGGGCAAGCAACCGACCAGAAGUAAUCGCCCACCUUUCGUCAGAGGCAAGGUCUGAAGGCUGCGAGCUGUGGCUAACAGCAGAGAGAGCGGAUCCUCAGGAAUCAACCUUAGGUCUACGGUGGCACUGUCCCUCAGACACACUUGGCUACAAGUACCGUCAACCAGUUACCUCCGAGCCUACACUGAGGAACGUGUACAGAGUCCUAGCGUCCCAGUAUGACCCACUAGGGUACAUUAUUCCGUAUACCACUCGUGCUAAGGUCCUGAUCCAAGCCCUCUGGAGGCACGAUCAACAGUGGGAUGAACCCAUCACCGGAGAACUCCUCUCAGUGUGGCAGAAUUGGGAGAUCGAACUUCCUCACCUUCAGCACGUCAGCAUGCCACGCUGCUACAUACCUGUCACCGCGAGUGCUGAACCGUCUAAUGUGUCCCUACAUGUCUUCUGUGAUGCGUCAGAGAAGGCAUACGGAUCCGUUGCAUACCUCCGUAUGGAAGAUGCAGAAGGACACCCACAUGUGUCGUUCGUUAUGGCACGAUCCAGGGUCGCACCACGGAAGCAACUAUCCAUGCCUCGCCUGGAACUCAGCGCUGCGUUGACAGGAGCACAGCUCGCCAAACUACUGCACUCCGAGCUCACUCUAACUAUGAGUCACACCGUCAUGUGGUCAGACUCUACCACGGUGCUCAGUUGGAUCCGGUCUGACUCAGCUCAAUACAAGGUGUUUGUUGGAACUCGCAUAGCGGAGAUCCAAGAACACACAAACACUAAUGACUGGAGGUACGUUCCCUCCGACCAGAACCCAGCUGAUGACAUCACUCGGGGGAAGUCACUACACCAGCUCGCUCAGCCUACCCGCUGGAACAAUGGUCCUGCUUUCCUGUAUGAAUCCCCCAGCCAGUGGCCGGAGAACUUGGUGGCGAAAGCAGAAGAUACAGUAGAGCUCAGGAAGUCCAUGUUCUGUGGUCAGGUUACAGUCUCUGACACCUAUCCUGAUCCACUGCAGUACACGACCUGGUCUGACCUAGUAGAUGCUACUUACCGGUCUCAACACGGGGCGGCUGUGGCUCCUAUGCCCGCUUCAGCUCAGACGAGACAGAAUCGCCUCAGCUCUCUCUCACCAGAGUACGACCAGAUACUUGGUCUGAUUAGAGUAGGAGGUCGCCUCCGCAAAGCUGAUGAUUUACCCGAAGACUCAAUCCACCCGGUCGUCCUAGCACCAGAGCACCCCAUCACUCAGCUCCUAGUUAAAGACUUCGAUGAUCGUCUCCUACACGCUGGUCCAGAGCGAGUCUUCGGAGAUUAG